ACUCCCACACCCUAACUCCCCCUUUUCCUCUCUCUCCCUCUCUCUCUCUUCCACCACCAAACCUCACCACCCACCAAAGUCCAUCAAUGGAACCACCACCACCGGCUGUUUCUCUAUCUAACGCCGCCACCAACACCAUAUCCCCUCACCUCGCCUACCCAGAUUCCCUAGACUCUUCCCCUCGCUCCCGCAACACCGAUUCUUGGGAUGAUACUCUUCCCACUAACAACGCCCCCACCUCCGCCAAGCUCCGCCUCAUGUGUAGUUACGGCGGCCACAUCGUCCCUCGCCCGCAUGAUAAGUCGCUCUGUUACGUCGGCGGUGACACCCGCAUCGUCGUCGUCGACCGCCACACCUCCCUGUCGGACCUCUCGUCUCGCCUCUCCAAGACCCUCCUCAAUAACCGCCCCUUCACCCUCAAAUACCAGCUCCCGAACGAGGACCUCGACUCCCUCAUCUCUGUCACCACCGAUGAAGACCUUGAUAACAUGAUCGACGAGUACGAUCGCAUUUCCUCCAAUUCUAUCAAGCCCUCUCGCCUUCGCCUCUUCCUCUUCCCCCUCAAGCCAGAUUCCUCGCAAUCUAUCGGUCCGAUUCUUGAAAACUCCGCCAAGUCCGAGGACUGGUUCUUGAACGCUCUGAACGCGGCCGGCUUGCUUAAUCGAGGGUUUUCCGACCCCGCCUCGGUCAAUUGCUUGCUGGGUCUGGACGAUGAUAGCGUUGGUGGCAAUAACCUGGACUCCGGCGGUGCUAGAGAUUUGGAGGCUGCUCAGCCCGGAUCGUUUGGGAACGGUAAGAGUGCGAAGCAGGGCCAGGAUGUUCACUCUGUGCCGGAUUCACCCAUGCUUGAAACGACAUCGUCUUUCGGGUCCACUUCUUCGUCGCCUUCGCUCGCGAACUUGCCGCCGAUUCGGGUCCACGUGGAGGAUGGAGGUGGUAGUGUUGGUGGAGGGGGGAGGGUGAUGGAUCAGAAGGUUGGGAUAGAGGAGCAGUUUGCUCAGAUUAGUGUUUCUUCAGGGCCCAAGCAAGAUGAGGGGUUUUCCGUUAUUUCCUCCCCGCCUCCUAUGCCGGUGAAUAUGGCGGUUGCACCUGCUAUGUCGGUUAGUUCUGGGAUGGUCGUCGGUGAGUACCCCAAUCGGGUUAUUUCGGAUGACGAAAGAUCGGACCACGGUGUGCCGGUUGGGUAUCGGAGAGUGCCAGCUGCUCACCCUCAGUCACAGCCUCACACUCUGCCCCCACAAUCCCAGCCGAAGUCAAGUGGUGGCCUUGAUUUACCUUCCCCCGAUUCAGUUUCAAGUGAUAGCAGUAUUACCAAUCCGUUGUCUCGCCUAAAACCUGUUUAUCAAGAUUCAGUGGUUCAAAUUCCCUCUGGAAACUUGAGGGUUCCUGCGAACCCUGUGGAUCCAAAGUUUAAUAUCUCUGACCCUAACACUCGAGUCCAGAUGCAACCACAGGUUCCAGAUUCUGCUUAUGUAUUGCAAUCCCAAUUUGAUCAACAACAGAUGUUACUACAGCAAACACAGCACCAACAACACCAACAGCAGCAAUUCAUGCAGGGCACACAUUAUGUCCACCACACCCCCACUGGGGUUAUGCCAAUCCCAGCAUACUACCCUGUCUAUCCUUCCCAACAACAGCACCAUCAUCCCCAGCAUAAUCCACUUGAUCAGCAGUACUCGGUAUACUAUGUGCCCUCAAGGCAGGCCCAAGCGUACAACUUGUCUGUGCAGCAAUCUAAUAUCAGUGAAGCUGCCACUGGUGUCCCUUCUAGCCGCCCUCAAACACCUCCCACUGCUGCAAUGGCCCCUCCUUCAGUUUACAAUCCCACAAGGAAUGCCACUAUGGCAAAGCCUGAAAUGGCUGCCGGUGCUUACAGAACAGCGACCACAGGUGCUCCCCAACUAGUUCAAGUUCCUUCUAAUCAGCAUCAGCAACAAUAUCUUGGUUACUCUCAAAUUCAUCACCCAUCCCAAUCAAUGGCCCCUACUUCAGCUGCAGCGGGUAAUUAUGCUUAUGACUUUGCUGCUGAUCCUGCUCAUGGCCAGAUAUACUAUACUCAGCCGCUGGCACCAACAAUGCAUUCUCAAUACCAGACCAUGUCACCAGCCACUGCUGGUGUGUUGCCCGAAACUUCUGGUCAGCUUCCCACCGACAACAGCAAGCAGCAGAUAAGAACUUCGCAGCCAUUAUAAAUCAUUUCAGGAAGAAGAAACAAUUUUGAGGGAACGGGUUUGGUUUGUCUCUUAAGUUUCUGUUUUAGCGUCUGUUUUGUUUGGUUUGUGAUAUGUAUUUUGUGAUAGAUAAUAAUGAGUAUUGAACUGUAUUUUUAUCUUCUUAUAUGUCAUAUUGUUGUUACUGUCAUAGGAAAUGAAAGUGGUCUGAGGCUAUACUGUAAAAGCUCAAACUCAUGUAUUGUGUGCUUGUGCAGUUCAUAUAUUGGUUAAGAAAAUAAAUGGUAUAUAGGUCACAAAGAGUUUAUGGCUA